CCGCCGUCCCCCCCGUCGGUGCCCGGCGCUCAUCCCCGGCGGCGGCAGCGUCUCGGCUGGUCCGGUCCCCGCUCGUCCCGGCGGCCGGACGCUCCCGCCCCGCUGCGCUCUCGGGCGGCGGCCCCCGGGGGAGGCCGGCAUGGCGGAGAGCCCGGGAGGGCUCGGCGCCCCUCCGCCGCCGGAGGGGAGCGACGUCCCGCGGGAAGGAGGCAAUGAGGAAGCGGCGGCGGCGGCGGGGGAGCCGCAGCCCCCGCAGACUGGGGUGUCCCCCGAGGGGGCGGCGGAGCCCCCGGACGGGUCCCCCGCCGGCGAGGCGCCGCGGCUGAGCGGGGAGGCGGUGGCUGGGCAGGAGCCGGCCGCAGCGGCGGUGCCUGCCGGGGGCAGCGGCGGGACGGGGAGCGGCUCCCCCGAGGGGGCGGCGGAGACCCCGGGCGGGCCGGGCGCGGAGCAGCAGGGUCCGGCGGGGUCUGAGCAGCGAGAUCGCGACGGGGGCGACCCGGGGAGCGAGGGUCUGCCAGGAGGGGAACCGGUGGCGGCGGAAGUGGGGGUAGACGCGGCCGAGGGCUCCGCGCCGGCAAGCUCAGACCUCGAGCCCGAGGAGGCGGCCCCGGCGGGGACCGAGCCCGAGGAGGCGGCCCCGGCGGGAACCGAGCCCGAGGAGGCAGCCCCGGUGGGGACAGACCUCGAAGAGGCAGCCCCGGCGGGAUCAGAGCCCGAGGAUGCGGCCAUGGCCCCGACGGGGCCAGAAACCGAAGAGGCGGAGGUGGCCCCGACGGGGCCAGAAUCCGAAGAGGCGGAGGCGGCCCCGGCGGGGUUAGACCCCGAGGAGCCGGUGAGGGAGGCAGCCCCGACGGAGACAGACAUCGAGGAGGCGGCGGUGACAGCCCCAGCAGGGACAGACCUCGAAAAGGCGGCGAGGCAAGACCCCGAGGAGGCUACGGCGACAGCCCCGACGGGGCCAGACCCCGAAGAGGCGGCAGGGCCAGACCCCGACGAGGCGGUGAGGGAGGAAGCCCCGUCGGGGACAGACCUCGAAGAGGCGGAGGCGACAGCCCCGUCGGGGGCAGACGCCGAAGAGGCGCUAAGGCAGGCAGUCCCAGAGGGGACAGACCCCGAGGAGGCUGCGGCGGCAGCCCCGGCGGGGCCAGACCUCGAGGAUGCGGUGCAGGAGGCAGCUCCGGCGGGAACAGUCCCUGAGGAGGCUGCGGCGACAGCCCCGACGGGGACAGACCCCGAGGAUGCGGUGCGGGAGGCAGCUCCGGCGGGGUCGGUCCCCGAGGAGGCUGCGGCGACAGCCCCGAGGGGGACAGACCCCGAGGAUGCGGUGCGGGAGGCAGCUCCGGCGGGGACGGUCCCCGAGGAGGCGGGGGCCCCGACAGAGAGCGAGGUGGCUCCCGAGAGCCGCGGGGAAGCGGAGUCGGCGGUGCCGGCCGGCGGGGGGGCCGACGGCGGCCGGUGGUCGCCGGGUGUCCCCGACGGCGAGGACGGAGCGGAGAGGCCGGUGGCGGAGCGGGAAGCCGCUGCGCCGGCGGUGGCAGGAGAGGGGAGCGCGGCCCCGGGGGCAGGGGAAGGCGGCGCGGCAGCGGCGGGACAGCGCGGCGGGUCCCCGGGCCCCGGGGGCGGCGAGUGGGACGCGGCAGGUCGGAGCCUGAACGGCGUGCGGGGCCGGGUGGAGGACGAGGAGGACGAGACGGGCUCGCCCGCCGCCCUGGAGGAGGAAGAUGAAGAUGAGGAGAAACAGGAACACGACAUCUCCCUCUUCGUCAAGGCUGGCAGUGAUGGAGAAAGUAUUGGAAAUUGCCCGUUCUCUCAGCGUCUCUUUAUGAUUCUGUGGCUAAAAGGUGUCAUAUUUAAUGUCACAACUGUGGAUUUGAAAAGAAAGCCUGCUGACCUGCAGAACCUCGCCCCGGGAACAAACCCCCCCUUCAUGACAUUUGACGGCGAAGUGAAAACCGAUGUCAAUAAGAUCGAGGAGUUCUUGGAAGAAAAACUAGCGCCUCCACGGUAUCCCAAACUUGCACCGAACCACCCCGAGUCUAACUCUGCAGGAAAUGACGUGUUUGCAAAAUUCUCUGCGUUCAUAAAGAACCCAAGAAAGGAUGCUAAUGAAAAUUUGGAAAAAUCUUUGCUUAAAGCCCUGAGGAAGCUGGACAACUAUUUAAAUAGCCCCUUGCCUGAUGAAAUUGAUGCUUACAGCACUGAGGAUAUCACUGUUUCCAGCCGGAAGUUCCUGGAUGGAGAUGAGCUCACCUUAGCGGAUUGCAACCUCCUACCAAAGCUCCAUAUAAUCAAGGUUGUUGCAAAAAAAUACAGAAAUUUUGAUUUUCCACCUGAAAUGACAGGGAUUUCAAGAUACUUGAACAAUGCGUAUGCAAGAGAUGAAUUUACAAACACUUGUCCUGCUGAUCAAGAAAUUGAGUACGCGUAUUUGGAUGUUGCAAAGAGAAUGAAGUAAACAGAAGAAGCCUCUGUUCUUUAUUACUUCUGAGAUUUAGAUGGGCACCAGCCAAGAUGGAAAAAACAAAAGCCAGCAUACAUUCUGCAGUGUAAUUUUAAGUUCUGCUAUUGGCCAAUCCUUCUUUUAUAAUGAUUGUAUAGCAUUAUUUGCUCAUUCUUAAAUUAUAUAUGUAUAUGUUUGUGUGUCUGUACAGAUGUCUGCACACAUGAACGUCUGUUGUGCAUUGCAAGUUAAAGGCAUCAGUCAAUAUUAAAGCAUUUGUUGAAGUUAGGGAAACAGUGUAGGUCACACAAUUAUAGCAAUACUACAGACUAGUGACUUAUGCUAAAUUGCUGAAUUUUGAGAAGAGAUAGCCCUGUUUCUAACACGCAUUUAACCUGUCAUUAUUGCUGCCUCUGAUCUCUGUUUCACAGUUGUUGCCAAACUUCACAGUUACCGGGAGGGUUUCUGUUUGCUUCUCUGCAAGCCUCAGAGGGCCACAAGCCAGCAGUUAACCCAGGAGAGAGGCCAGCUUGUAGGUGGGACCACACCUGACAUCCCAGAAGCCCUCUCCUCUGUGCUAGAGACCUGCAGGGCAGGUCAACAAAGAAUGACUCCUUUUCACAUUGUGUGAGUCUGCUUUGGUAUGAAAAAUAAAUAAGUAAAUAAAAAUUCCUGCCUUCUCUCUCAGGGCUGCAUAACCCAUCAAACUUCCCUCCUGAUGGUCCCUAAGAGAGGAACACAGACUGUCACUGGCCUGUGGCCUAUCUGAUAGUAGAUAUUUGACAAGGGAGGUGGGAGAGACUUUGUCACUGUAGACAGAAGAAAUGUGUGAACAUUUGUCCCCAGCUACUGACGUAGUAUCUUUCUUGGUCGUCCUUCCAUGACUCUCAUUUGGUUUUGGAAAGCAAAGGGGAGGAGAGGGUCUAAGAAAGAAACAGUCCUUCUAUGCUUCCUUUUCCUGGUUGAGCUCCAGCAUAUUGGCUUUCCCAGGGCAGCUGUUAGGACUUCAUUACUGAGAGCUUUACAGCUGAUAGAUACCUGGUAUCUAUCAGAUAUCUACCAGAACAUCUAUCCAUGUAUCUAUCAAUCAGGCAUCCAUCAGAAACACGGUAGACCUACCUCCUGCCUUAGGCGGGGGUCGUGGAUUAGAUGAACUCCUCCAGCCUUGCAUGAGCCCGUGUUCAAGCCAGCCAGUACUGAUAAGAAACACCCUCUAGCAUCAGGGAGAGCACUAUUAGAGACGUAUGGACUACAAAAAGUGAUCUCCACAGCUGCUUUCUGCUGAGCAGGCUCUCAGCAAGCACACAAGAGUAGAGGAUGCAAUGCUUUAGUCAUAGGGUCACCUGGAAGUUUCCUUCUGAUGGAUUUUGCCUGUAUGAACAAAACAGAUGUGAAAAUGGCUAAAAAUAGCCUUUGUAGCACCUAUAUCCGCAAAAAGAUUGUUGUAGACUAGUCAUUCAUCCUUGUCCAUGUCAAACACACGCUUGCUUUCUAACAAAGCGUUUAAGGUAGUAGCUGGUGUCAGAUAUGUUGUGUCUGUGAUAUCUUCGUCUUACAAACUACACAGUUCUGAUGCAAAUGUGCUAUUAUCACAAUUAUUUGUAAGCGUUGUUCAAUAUGCAGUUUUAGUUUGCCUUUAGAGAAAACAGACACAAUACCUUUCCCCUCCCGCCCUCAAUUGUGAAUUCUCAUAUCGGGGUUGAUAGCUAAGCAGUGACUCAUCACAUAUUACUAACUGUUACUUUGUAUUUUCAAAUACAUACAUAUAUAUAUAUAUAAAAUAUAUAAAAAAUUAAAUCUGUAUGCUCUUUUCAUAUGCCUUACAAAUUUAAACAGAAAAUAUACAAAUUCAUAAGUA